GACUAAAUGUCUGGAGCAAUCGCCAGAAGAGAGAAACACAGUCUGAGCAGCUCGACUUCAGGAAGACAAGAAACCCAGAACAGAGCCCAGGUUUCCUCUCGAAUUUGGGGCAAAAGAACAAAGAGGCUCAUUGAUUGAGGAGCGGAGCGCUGCUACCUCGCAGCCAUGAGUUCUCAGGGGAGCUUUGGCAGCAGCAUGCUGUUCCAGACUAUAAACGACGACCUGAACGCAUCGCUGGCUACAGCAGACGAGUUAUCCAAAGAGUUCAACUCCAUGUUUAAGGAGGCCUCGUCCAACGACAACAACACACAGUCUGGGUCUCAGACCAGCUCUUCACUGUCCUGGGAGAAGCCUCAGUCCAGCGGGCUGUCCAGCUCCUCCACCACCAGAAAGGAGUCAAGUGGCAGCAGUAAUGGCAGCUCCAGCUCCAAGCCUUUCUCCCCCAGCUCCCCUUCCAUGGAUUCCUUCUUCUCCAGCACUAAAGUCACACCACCCUCCCCUUCUAUCUACCACACCAGCCCACGGUCGUCCCCAAAGAGCCAGAGGAAGGAUUACUCUCCUCUUCCUCAACAUAGAUCCGACAGCUUCUCCUACAGCCAGCAGAGCCCGUCACACUCGCCCCACGCCCAGAGGCGGAGCUCUCCCAGUCGUUACGACAGGAGCCCACGAGGCUCAAUCACUUACAUCGAUAGAAGUCCUUCUCCGAACCGAGCAGCUCAUUCUUUUGACCCGCCAUCUUCGCCCGCCUCGCUCCACUCCCCCUCCAACCUGCUGAGCCCUUAUGACGGCGCCCAGAUGGGCCGCAGGUCGCCUCGCGCCGACAGAAGCCGCUCUCCUUUGGCUUUCAGCCCCCAAAUCUCCAGCACGCUGCCUCGAAAUUUUGGUGGUUUCAGGCAAUCUGAUGAGGGGGUGCAGCGACUAAAGAGCUCUGGCAAGUGGAAUGAGACAGAUCUGGACGUGUCCUACGAGAAGAAACCUCACCACAGCUAUGAUAAGACAGAGUGGCUAAGGCCGACUGUGCCAAAUAGCAGCUGGAGAGAAUCCAACCUCGAUGGGCCUCCUCCCGCCCCGAGUCCCAAAAAGGAUCCUCGUUCUCAACCUGCCAUGUUGUCCCAUGGUUCUCUGCCCCGUAACACACGUAUAGUCGUACCUCCAGAUGUUUCAUCCCCGGUCCACUCCCCCUACAUCCCUCAGCCAAUCAUCUCCCGUAUUUCAAUUCCACCGGCUUCUCCUCAGUUCCGCCAGCGUAAGCCCAUCCCUCUCUCCGUCAUCAUGCGUCUCCAAAACCCCCGAUGGGGAGGGAUGGUAACCCGCCACCCCAGAGUCCUGGAAGAAGAAGGUGAUAUGGCGCCUUACCCACCACCUGUACCCUUCCCCAGGGAGUUUUUCCACCCUGUACCACACCCACUGCAACAUCCACCUGAACUGAGACAGCCAGCUGUGUACAGCGACGCGCUGAACUCAGGGGACAUAGACGCAGAGUUGGAGCGGCUGGACUUUGUUCCUCACAUGUCUGUGAUUCCGGAGAAUCCAAGUGUGCCAGAGGGCCAACCAGAGGGUACACCCCGAGCUCCCCGGCCCCUCAGCCCCACCAGGCUACAGCCAGUGGUGGCCCCUGAGGCCCAGCACCCGGAGAAUCCUAACUUGGAGGAGGUACUCCGCAUCCGGUCAGAAAUCCCCCGGGCCCUGAAGAGACGGGGAUCCGUGGACCAUUCCCAGCCCCUGAAGAGGGCCUCCCACUACCAGCCGAACCAGUACAAAAACCUUAUCGACAAGCUUUUUCACAGGAAGGAACGCCGCAAGAAGGGGGAGCAAGGUAGCGAGUCCAGCAGCUCGUCAGAAGGAGAGGACUGUGCUCUACCACCUCCUCCUCUACCUUCACCAGGCAUGCCUCAUGACUACAGAUACCAUUCCAUCCUGCGGCAGUCCAAGCGAGAGCACAAAGGAUCUGGGAGGCGAGCUCGACUCAGUCCCCUCGUCCUGCUGCUGGACGGAUCGUUGGUCGGAGAAAUGGAGAUAGUGCAGAGGGCCGUGCAGGAGAUGAACGACCCGAGCCAACCCAAUGAUGAAGGCAUCACUGCCCUUCACAACGCCAUCUGCGGCGGACAUUACGAAGUGGUGGAUUUCCUUGUUCGAAUUGGAGCCAAUGUUAGCGCACCAGACAGCCACGGAUGGACGCCGCUACAUUGUGCAGCGUCUUGUAACGACCGUCCUCUGUGUGAGUUCCUGGUGAGGAACGGAGCCGCCGUCAUGGCCAUGACGCAGAGCGACGGCGCCAUCGCCUCCCAGAAGUGUGAUCCUUACGCUGUCGGCUAUGAGGAGUGCGAGAGCUUUCUUACUGGAGUGGAGGAGGCCAUGGGGGUGGAGAACAGCGGGGUGCUGUACGCUCUGUGGAGCUACCCGGCUCAGGCCAACGACGAGCUGAGCUUCAAAGAGGGAGACAUGGUCACAAUCCUGCAGAAACCUGAAGGCUCCGACUGGUGGUGGGCCUCGCUCUGUGGCCGGGAGGGCUUCGUUCCAAACAACUACUUUGGGCUUUUCCCGAAGGUUCGGCCAAAAUCUCUCUGCUAGGUGGUCUUCUGCUGACGGUCAAACUGGUUCAGAGGACGGUCUGAAACAGCUUCACACUGUUGUUUGACAGCACUGUGUGUGUGUGUGUGUGUGUGUGUGUGUGAUCAUGAAAAGGCUGUAGUGGUGCAGGGCUUCAGAAAUGGUUUUGACGUGUCAGUCAAGGAGAGUUGAAGGAGAAGUCUCAGUAUUCAUUCUGGCCUCAAGGCUGACAAGGAUAAAUCUUUGGAGAAGACUUCAUUUGCUCUGCUGCAGGAUAUUUUCCUAGUAAAGCUGCAGCUCUGUUAAAACUCUUCUGUCAAGCUCUGCCUGUCUCCCCAAAGGUCACUAACGGGCCAUACGCCCUGCUGAUCCACUCAGCUGUGUUCCAGUCAGACGUUGACAUUUCUGAUUCAUCGGCUGGUUAGUAAUCAGAAUAUCCACUCAUCAGCGAGGUCAAUGUAGCUGUAUGCUGUCAACAAACCAUGAUUGCUCAAUUUAGAAAUGAGCUGCUUCAAUCAGAGCAAAAUCAACCUAGUCGUUAGUGGAGGAGAGUUGUCUGCUACAUGAAAGAAGCAUCGGGGGAAAGUGAAAGAGAGCAGUCAGGAGUUGACACUGAGCUUUUAUUCUUUUAAGAUUUCUUUAAAAUGUACAUGUUACUGUUUUCGCAAAUGGUUUAUCCUAAUGGAUCCUAACAAAAGUCACACUUUUACAAGCCGAAUAAUGUUUUUGGUAAGUGAUGUUUUUUUAAAUGAAAGUCCUGAGAGGCAAGUGAGAAGAAAAAUCGGGAACACUUUAUACCGCCACGUCACGUCAAAGGUCUGGAGAAGGUGUUAUUUGCCGUUUCCAUGGUUUCAUUCACCGCUAUGUAGAGAUUAUAAAGUCCAUACAAAGUAAAGCAUAUUAAGAUCAUAACUCAUAUACAACAACUUCCGUACUUACUACUAAUAAGCAAUAAUUCUGAGGAUAUUGAGGGAAAACUCUUAGUUAAUGUCUUACUGGUUGUAUAAUAAGGCAUUAAUAACGACCUAAUAAUGACUCAUUAAGAGCAAAUAUGUUACUUAUUUGCAUGCUAAUAAGCAACUAAUUAAUGUUGAAUAUGUGUUCCCUAAUAUAAAGUGUUACAGAAAAAUCUUCUGACCUUGUGAUUUUCUAGGUCUGAUCUGAAUUUUUUUUAAAUGGAAAGAGAAACUCUUUCAUCUGUGAAACAAGUGGGGGAAAACAUUUUCCCUUGUAAAUAAAAAAACAUUUUUUUUCACAGUUCUAAACCAAUAUUAAGGAACUUAGAAAGAUUAGCCUUUAGCCAUUAGAACUUUUUUUUUUUUACAUUAGUUUUUUAAAACACGGUAGAGAAAAUGAUUUUUUAAUCAGCCUUUUUCCAGAUUUUUUUCUCACUUGCUUCUCAGGGCUUCCGUAGUUUUUCUCAAAUGUGGCUGCAGACUUUACAUUCUCUUACAUCAGCUGCAGCUGCUGGUUUCUACUUGCCUCUAUUCCGCACACAUGAUGUAGAUCUUUUAUUCUGCCUUUAUAAAUUAAUCUCUUUGGAAGAGAAAGUUUUCCUAUGACAAUGAAAGUGGUCUUUCUGUGGAUAUGUGUAUGUGUAUGUGUCUAUUCACAGUGGUAGAAUGAAUGUUUGGUGAUGCAUUUGUUUUGUGUUUUUAACAGUUUUCAGUGUAACACUCUGCUGUGCACCUGUAACCCCUAACAUGGGACACACAGUGAUCAAAUGUUUAAAUACUCAAUAAAUACAUGAG